AGCCCGCCGGGCGCACUCACUGCCCGACGCCCCGCGAGCCGGCGCUCUAGCCCUCGGCGGGCUCUGGGUUCUCGUUGCACCACCUCCAAGGCAAGACCCCUGUGUCUCACUAAUUAAUCCCUUCGCUCAUCUGCAAUGGAAAUGGCCAGCCCCCACUCCAACUUUCAAUCAGACUUGGAUUUCUGCCCGGAUUGCGGCUCGGUCCUGCCGCUGCCCGGAGCUCAGGAUACUGUCAUCUGCCCUCGCUGUGGCUUCUCCAUAGACGUGCGAGAUUUCGAAGGAAAGGUUGUGAAGACCUCGGUUGUGUUCCACAAACUGGGGGCGGUCAUACCUACAUCUGUGGACGAAGGACCUGAAUCCCAGGGACCAGUGGUUGACAGGCGCUGCCCUCGAUGUGGUCAUGAGGGAAUGGCGUACCACACCAGACAGAUGCGCUCAGCUGAUGAAGGACAGACUGUCUUCUAUACCUGUGUCAACUGCAGGUUUCAGGAAAAGGAAGAUUCUUGAUCUCUCCUGGCAACUCAGCAACACUGCUCUUCCUCUUGGGAGGUGAAGACAGUCCUUUGAGGCCUCCCUCCCCUCUGGGUACAGUGCUCUGUUCUCAGAAUAAGAUUAUCACCCCCAGCUGGGCGAUGGUGGUGCACACCUUUCAUCCCAGCACUUGGGAGGCAGAGGCAGGUGGAUCUCUGUGAGUUCGAGGCCAACCUAGUCUACGACAGCUAGUUCCAGGACAGGCUCCAGAGCUACAGAAAACCCUGUCUCGAAACCCCCCCCCCAAAAAAAAAGAAAAGAUCAUCACCCCCAAAGCAUUCCUUCCCCAAGCUGAAUUUACUAAAGUUAUAUUUUCUACGAAA